AUGGCUUUCAACCGCCUACUAGGACAAACGACAUCCUCCGGAAGAAACCCUGCCUCCGACAAUCCCAAUCUGACCCAGCUGGAGCUCAGACGACAGAUUCCCUUUCAUCCCCCACUCAACGGCGGCACAGCCAACCAGGCGCCAGAACCCGCCGUCCAUCACACGGAACAGUCCCCUCAACAAUCAGGACCUGGGACUGAUCCUAGCAUGGCGGAUUUCAACAGAAGGCUAUCACGGCUCGAGGAGCGUGAUAGGGAUCGCGAGAGUGCCUUGACGGACGUUUACGGAUCCGUUACCGGCUUGUCGAGCAGGCUGCAUCUAGCUGAGGGCCAACACGCCGAGCACGAGCAGAACAAUCAACGGCGGCAUGACCAAGUGGUUGGUUUGCUCAACGAUAACAGGAAUGGCUGGGCGGACGUCACCAACAGGAUGGACCAAUUCCAGAGUCAACGCGAGGCGAAGGCCUGGACCGCUCAACAGCGCCAUGAGCAGUUGCGGGGUAUGCUCGACGAUCACGGGAAUGCCUUGAUGGACGCCAACACCAGGAUGAACCAAGUGCUAGGUGUACUCGAGAAUCAAGGGAACGCCUUGGCGGGCGCCAACACUAGGAUGGACAAAGUUGAGAGGAAACGCAAGGAGGGAAGGAAACGUCAGAAGCAGCGUGAACAAAAACGGAGACAACGCCAGGCGGACGAGCAGAACCAACGGCGGGUUGGCGAAAUGUUUGGUUUGAUCUCGCAGGGCAUGCAAAUGGCCGCUCAGAAUAUGGGGUGGAGGUCCAGUGCUCAUACUUCACAUGGGCCUCACGCACAGGGACAUAGUAUCGGGGCUGUACACCCACCCUUCGUGCCCGCGGUCAAUAACCUCCGAGGUUCGAAGGGCCGUGGUAGGAAGCGGCCCACCGCCCGCUCCUUUAUCACCGCCGCACAGGCGCUCUCUGUCGGCAGUAACCCCGCAUUCUCCAGAGCUCCGGGAAACGCGUUUUCUGUCCCCGCCCGGCAGUAG